CUGUAUACAUACAGAAGGCGCAAGAGCGAUUUUAGCUAUGGCCACCGACGCAUUAAAGUGAAUUGAAUUGUGCUAAAGAUUUGUGUUUUGUUUAUUAGUUGUUUUAAAUUAAAUAAUAUUUUCCAAUUAUCCCUAAUUUUUGGUGAGUUUAAAGUGCAAUUAAAGCUUUUAAGAAGCAAUUUACCCGUAAAUACUUUGCUAAAUAGUGAAAAAAUUGUGUAGCAAAACCAGUUGAAAAGUGCAGGAAAUUGGGGCUCAUUACCCGUUCUCCUAUUUUCUUUGCGCUGCUUGGACUGGGCGCUGUAGCACUACGUAUUUAAUUUCCACUGUGUUGCUGUGAGAGCAUUUGAAGCAUUUGAAGCAUACAAUCAAGUGCGUAUCAGCCGCCUACCAGACAGCAGAGUGAGCGUGCGAUCUCGCCUGCCACACAGGCCCCAAACAGCCAGCACACAGGGCCGAGUGCAUUUAAUUGCCAUUUAGAUUGCCUUGCUAGCUGUAGACGAACGCGAAAAAGCUGUGCUCUUGUGGAUAUGACUUUGCCGGAAAAUAUGUGUCAAUUCGCAUUCAUAAAUAGCCGCAUUCAAAAGCAGUGCUGGCAAAAGGUUUAACAGCCGCCUUAGCUGCCGCAUAUUAAUUAUUAUAAACAUAAAUAUAUGAAGUGGAAAUUUAAGCGCAACAAUUAACUAACUACAUACUUGGCUUUACUUGUGCCAGAAAUAAUAAGCAAUUAAAACCACUAGGAGUGCAACAACAGCGCAGACCAGUGCAAAAUUCAUACAAAUAACAAUAAUUAUAAUUAUUACAAUGCAAAAGCAACUGCAAAAAUGUACAACUAAAAGCGUAUUCGCCAUUCAAACGCUAAUUAGCUGCGGCACGUUAUGCCUGCUGCCUCUGCUGGUGCUAGUGCUGCCGCAUGCCGUGCACGCUUGGAUGCCCGAUGUGCGCCCAGAUUUGCAGCCGAAGCAAGAUAAAAUCAUUGCCAAGUUCCUGGGCAACAGCACGGAUUACUUUAAAAUAUUGGCCUAUGACGAUGCUACCAUACUUGUGGGCGCUAAAGAUAUUAUGUACAACAUAAGCUUGGAUGGUUUACGAGAAAUCAGCCGGUUGGAAUGGUUCUCUUCUGAUGCUGAUCGCGAACUAUGUGCACUGAAGGGUAAACGUGAGACUGAUUGCCACAACUACAUACGCGUUUUUGCACGCCUCGAUGAUGCGCAGCUCUUGUUGUGUGGCACCAAUUCGUACAAGCCGCGCUGUCGCCACUAUGCGCCCACCACAAGUGAACUGAGCGCAGCCGCUGGUUCCGGCCAACGAUAUGAGAUUGUACGCGAUGUCGAAGCGCAAGGGCUUUGCCCAUAUAGUCCGGCACACAAUAGCACCUACGCCUUUGCGGAGGGACAACUUUAUAGCGCCACAGUGGCUGACUUCUCGGGCAGUGAUCCAUUGAUUUAUCGCGAGAAUUUGCGCACCGAGCAGUAUGAUUUGAAACAGUUGAAUCAGCCUGAUUUCGUGGGUGCUCUAGAGCGUGAUCGUUAUAUAAUGUUCUUCUUCCGUGAAAUUUCAAUGGAGUACAUGAAUUUCGGCAAGACAAUCUACUCACGAGUUGCACGCGUCUGUAAGAACGAUCGCGGCGGUCCCUACACACUCUCCAAGAGUUGGACAUCAUUUUUGAAAGCACGUCUAAAUUGCUCAGUACCUGGAGAGUUUCCUUUUUACUUUGAUGAAAUUCAGGCUAUUUCUCCUAUAGUUGAAAGCGGCGUCAAUUCACUCAUCUACGCUGUUUUCACAACAUCCGUAAAUGCUAUACCCGGCUCCGCAGUAUGCGCUUUCAAUGUGAACGAUAUCUUGGAUGCUUUUGAGGGCACCUUCAAGUCACAAAAGGACAGCCAAUCACAAUGGCUACCCAUACAAGAAGAACAAGUGCCUGAACCGCGUCCGGGCAAGUGCGUUGAAGAUUCGCGAAUGCUAUCCAGUAUUGCAGUGAAUUUUGCUAAAAAUCACCCUCUAAUGGAAACUGCUGUACCCGCUGUCUAUAGUCGCCCAUUGCUCACCAAAGUCAACCUGCAUCACCGACUCACCACAAUAGCAAUCGAUGCACACAUUAUGGCGCUCAAUGGCGAAUUCUAUGAUGUGAUCUAUUCCGGCACAGAUGAUGGUCGCAUAACGAAAUUCAUUAAUAUACCCACACCGAGUCAGGCAGGAGGCUCCAGCGCUGGAGUUGACAAAUUGAAAACCGUAUUGAUAUCAGAAAUGCAAGUUUUGCCACAGGGAGUGGCAGUGCGGGAGCUGCUUGUAUUUUCGAAAACCAAUCGUCUAUUGGUGGUUAGCGAUGGCAGUUUGGUUACUGUGCCACUACAUCAUUGCGCCCACAUCGUUGACUGUCUCGGCUGUUUGAGUCUACAGGAUCCGAACUGUGCUUGGGAUCAGCAGAAUCAUGAGUGCAAGAGACUUGUGGCAAAGAAUAUCAAAUUCGGCACCAAAGCGUUUCUGCAGAGCCUGAAUACUACUAAGAAAGCGGCAGCUUCUUUAUGCCCAAAAUAUACGCGUGGCACACUCAUGGCUGAUGGUCCGAAUAUUGCAGGUGGUGUGAUUGCAAACGCAGGCAUUGAUUUAGUAACGGCACAGCAGCCACAAGCGGAUGAGGAAAUGAGUAAGAAGUUCCAUUAUACCAAAGUUGGAGUGAGUACAGGUAAUAGCGUUCCGUCUGAUGGUGGUGCUGCGGCGGUAGCCGAAAGUAGUGUUACUACAUUAGAAGUACCCAUUGGCAGUGGUGGCGAUUUGGAUGCUAGCACAGGCGCAGGCAAUGAUUAUUUGUUGAACAGCUUCAGCGAUGAGAAUAAAAUAACGCUGCAUUCGGUGGACCCCGAUGAACUGAUGAAUACGUUGAGUGAUCCUUUACAAUCUCAAGCCAGCUUAAAUGAGAAGAAACUCAAGGUAGCCGGCAAAAGUUUAUAUUGGGCGCUCGCUCUCAUCGCCUUCGUUGUGGGCAUUAUCGUUGGUCAUUACACCUCAAAGCGCAUUUGUAAAACCGCAUCGCUGCACGCAAGCCAUCGCAAUCAAUUCACCUCGAAUUCACAAUUCGGCGUAAAGCAUCACAAUACCGGCAAAGAUAUUAAUCUACUAAUGAAUCCGAACCAUUUUUGCAGUCAGAAAAAACCCAAUCUCGACUUAGAGAAGGAUCGCAGUCAUGAAUGCAAAAAUUCAACAGAGAAUCUAGAAAAAGAAAUACCCUGCAAGACGUCCACGUUAACGAAGGUUAAACGCACAUAUAUAUAAUGUAUAGUUUACUUGCAAUGCAUUGCAAAGCAUUGCGUUGCAUUUAUAAAAAAAUAACUAGUGGAAUUUUUUUAUAGGUUAGUUAUGUUUAAUAACUUUUUUAUUUUUUAAGCAAAUUUUGUUGAAAGCAUGCGCAUAUAUGCAGUAUGUAUGUGUGAAAAGUGAAGUGUCAAGCGCUGAAAGUGUUGCAAGAAUGUGUGUGUGUGUGAGCUUUUUUUAGUUUAGGCAAAAUUACAAUAAAACGAAAGAGGUUUAUGCAUAACAGGAAUAUACUAUUGGUGUAUGUAAACUUGAGCCGUCUAAAUGCAUGCAGACAUGAGCUAUGCCCAGCAGGAGGAGGAGUAGAUAUGCCUGAUAUGUGCAAGUGCGGUAUGAACAAGCUCACUUCACUUUAAAUGAAAAUGAGUGAUUUUUAUAAGCGUAUGGCGCCUUUUAAUUAGCGCCUGCAAGCCGCCUUACAGCGUACGUAUUCACUACCUCCCCGCUGAGCGCAUAGCUGCUGCUUUUGCGAGUCUUAAUUUUAAAAAAUUUUCUUAGUCGCUUAGUUUAUAUAUAAGUUUAGUUAGUUAAUGUGGAUUUAGCAAGCGGUAAGCCGCUUUUUUACUUUACAAGAAAAUAUAACAACUAAGUACAAAUGUAAUUGCAAGUCAGUAGUGAGACCGCGUUAGCAUGUAUUUUGCUAAGAGAAAAAUGUAAUAAAUACUUUAAAUAUAUACUAACGCAAGCGAAUUUAGCGGGACGCUUAACGUCGGUGGAUUUGUAGAAAAAUUCCCACAACUGCGGUAAAUUACCACAAUCGCGUUCCUGCGAAUAUCAGCUAACUGCGCUUAACAUUUUUCUCUAACCGCAAAAGCAUUUCCGGCUGCGCCCUCUACGCCUGCGUAUAAACAUAUCAAAUAUCUAAGUAUGUACAAUUUAUAUUUACAUUUUCUAAUGAGAUUUCAAAUCGCUUCUUCCUCGAAAUAAAAGAAAAAAAGGCUAUAGUAGUGUCAGUGCCUGCAGUUCAAGGCAGCAGCCAGUAAACACAACUUCCUCUUGGCUAUGAAGUUUAUAUUCGCCGCCUCGUCACUGCAUGCCAGACGACACUACCUAGCGAAACUCAAAUAAAUAACAAAAUAAAAAACUAUACGCACAAAAUGCGAAUACAUGCAGUAAAAUAAAGAUAAAAAUAGCAGUUACAAAUAACUUAAUAAUAUUGCAAAAGCAAACAAGUAUUAAUGUAAUUAGACUGAACGGUUUACGAACAAAAGCAAUAUGCCGGCGGUGACGACGAUGUCAAGUAUUUUUCUAUGUUAAGUCGGUAGUACAAGAUAGAAAGCAGGAAAACACGAAAGCUAGUUGCAAAUCGUAUGCCUAGACUGUGGUUUUCUGCCCUCUUCGCUCAGUGAGUGCUUGGCUAGAUUGUUUCGUCCGUAUAUGUUUCGCGCAAUCAUCUUCAUUAUUAUCGUCAAAGCGCGCGUGCGUGCACAUUUCCUCCCAUAUGUACUUUUGAUUGGUCUUGACAUUCAUGAUGCAUGUACACAGAUUUUAUCAUCUUCAUUCUUUUUCGAGUACCUUAACAAUUGUACUUUUAUACUUUGACUGAAUUACUACAUUUUGCAUCUACACGCAUUCAUAUUUCGCUUUAUUUGUCGCUUUCUCUUUCUUCUACACACAUUCCCAACUGAGUUGAUACGCCGCCUGGCACGCGUAAGCCCAUUUGAAGCACAACAAACACUUGAGACAAUUGUAUUCUAUUGAAUGGGUUACACAUUGAAGGUUGUUACACUGCAGGAAAAGUAUUGUGUUUAAUAGCGGCUUGAUUGUAUAGUGGCUAAGUGCUAAAAAGUGAGAGUUAUCUAUUUUUGUGGCAUGAUGCUAUAAAUUGAUUGCAAUGGAUUUAAAUGAAUUGUUUCACCAAAAAUUUCCUUUAAAACGAAUUGUUAGGAAAUAUAGACUUAGGAGGCUUGAACUUUGUCCCAUGGGUAUUCAAGGUUUUAGCGGUAUUUUCCUUCGGAUUUUAUGCUUCAAAAAUUAUCGAACACUAUCUUUCUUUUAUAACUUUUUUGUGAGUUUUACGUCUUUUUAUACGCUUUGCAACUUGUUCUGCUCGUCUAGGCUUACUGGCACUUUGUUCUGCAUUAAAAAUAAAUGUUAUUGAAAUGCAAAUGUUGGUUUGCCACCUCUAUAAUUUUUUAAUGCAAAUUAAAUUUUUGACGAUCAAAUGAUUUUGCUAAACUUUCCUGCAGUGUGCCCAUCCUUCCCAACAGGAAAAUGUGCACAUCAUUUUACUCAUAAUUUUCAAUAAAAAAAAAGAAGUCGGUUAUUCAUUAAUACUCCAUAGUUUGCUUUUCCAACCUAACUCGAAUAAUUUUCUAUGAAACUCAUACAUUAACUAAUAGCAAGUAACAUAUACUAACCUAAUUACAAACAAAUAAACAAAAACCAUAAAAGAAGCUCAAUUAGUUAGGAAAGGAUUUGCAUUGGUAAAGGUAAUAAUUAACAAACAAAAAACAGGGUGCGUGCAAAGGCGCUAAUGAAUAUAAAUUUAAGAAAACAGUUUUAACGAAAUUUUAUACAUAUAUGUAUUAUGCGAAUUUAUGAAUUUAAAAUAAUAACUGAAAAAUUGUUGCCUUCGAAAAUUAUCGUUAAUUGAAAAUUUAAAGGACUGUGGAUAUUAAAAAUUCUAAAAAUUUAAAUUUACGUAUUAUCAACAAAAAAAUAAAACAAUUAUUGACAAUUUAUUUAAGUAAUUAACGCAAUGCUUUGCGGCACCCUAUAUAAACAAACUGCAUACAAAUCUUUAAAUUUGCAUAAAUAGCCUUAAAAAUCGAAUGAUUAACUCGAACAAUUAAUUAACAUAUACAUACAUGAUUUUCUUGUACUGGCGUACUAGUUAUUUAGUUAGUCCGUCCGUUUAAGGAAUAUUCUUAAUAAAUAUUUACAAUAUAUUUUAUACAACUAUACAUAAAAUAAAAGUAAUUAUGGAAGCUAGUUUGUAAGUGAUAAGAGAAGGAAAUUAUGUGAGCGUAAGCGUAUAUUUGGCGAUUGUGUAAAAUAUAUACAUAUAUACAUACAUAAACAUUUUUUCUAUAGCUUAAUUAUUUUAAUGUUUAAUAAUAUGUGUACGAAUAAUUAGUUUUUAUACACUCUCACAUAUUCGUAUGGACAUAUCGCUCAUUUACUUCGAAAGUGUCAUAACUCAAAAGAGCAAAACUCGAGAUAAACGACUUUAAAGUUUUGAAUUUAUAUACAUAUUCUCCCAUAGCUAUGCAAUUUUCAACCAGCAUAGAAGAGGUAGCGGUAAUUUUAAUUUUUGUAUUGUCUAAGUAAAUGAGCGAUAUGUAUGUGAAACAAAGUCGGGUCGACGAUUAUCGUUUUAAUAUAUCUCUAAAUUAGUGUUUAGUGUAUCACUUUUAAACAAAACAAAAAAAUUGUGAUAGAUUUUUAAAAAAAUUGUUUUUCAACAUGCGAAUUGUAUAUGCGAUCGAUGGUUAAAGAAACGCGAGCGUUGGGGGUCUUCCUUAAGUUUCUAAAGCCAAGCAAAAACCGUAAAACGAUCUUGAUUUGCUCGUUGUUGGAAGUGAAUUUUUUCCUUUGAAAUUUAAAAUAAAGUGCUUUUUUUAAAAAAAA